UCUGCCUCUUAUUGGCCGGAUGGUGGCGUCUUUCACAGAAUGUGCGUCAUUUCCGUUGUCAGGUGGUGCUGCUGCUAUGGAAAGAUGUGAUCAGUGAGGAUUUUCCUGGUUGUUCAUUUCAGUAAUACUAAAACAACUUCAGAAAUUUUAAAAGGCAUAGGUUUUGUGUUUUGUAAAAGGAAAUAUCUUGCACCCAAUCUGAACGUAGAACAGAAACGGAAUGGCUGGAUUGUAGAGGACGGGUUUUUUUUUUUUUUUUUUCCGGCUGCAUAUUUGUUACAAGAGCUGAAAGAGGAUGUUAAAACGAAGGGGAACGGACAGAGGAGCUGGGGAAACCUCAAGCAGAGCAGCUAAAGUUCUUUGUACUGGGAUAGCCGGAAACAAUGCCAAGAGAGCUGGACCCUUUAUACUAGGACACCGUUUAGGUAACUCGCCUGUGCCAAGUAUAGUUCAGUGUUUGGCAAGAAAAGAUGGCACAGAUGACUUUUAUCAGUUAAAGAUCCUCACCUUAGAAGAAAGGGGUGAAAAGGGAGCAGAAACCCAAGAGGAACGCCAAGGAAAGAUGCUGCUGCAUACAGAGUACUCCCUGCUGUCUUUGCUUCACGAUCAGGAUGGUGUGGUCCAUCAUCAUGGCCUCUUCCAGGACCGAGCCUACGAGAUUGUAGAAGAUCACGAAGCCAGCAAGCUGGUCCGGAAAAUGAAGAAGAGGAUCUGUUUAGUUUUGGAUUGUCUUUGUGCUCACGAUUUUAGCGACAAAAUGGCAGACCUCAUUAACCUCCAGCAUUAUGUUAUAAAAGAGAAGAGGCUAAGUGAGAGGGAAACUAUUGUAAUAUUCUAUGACGUGGCACGAGUUGUAGAAGCUUUGCAUAAGAAAAAUAUUGUGCACAGGGACUUGAAGCUGGGAAACAUGGUGCUAAAUAAAAGGACUCACAGAAUAACAAUCACCAAUUUCUGCUUGGGGAAACACCUGGUUAGUGAGGACGACCUUCUCAAAGACCAGCGGGGAAGCCCUGCAUAUAUCAGCCCAGAUGUCCUCAGUGGUCGGCCAUACCGUGGGAAGCCAAGUGACAUGUGGGCUCUAGGAGUUGUGCUGUUCACCAUGCUGUAUGGACAGUUUCCGUUUUAUGACAGCAUACCUCAGGAGCUGUUCCGGAAAAUUAAGGCAGCAGAGUACACCAUCCCAGAGGAUGGUCGUGUUUCAGAGAACACUGUGUGUCUUAUCCGGAAACUCCUAGUCCUUGACCCACAGCAGAGGCAGACUGCAUCGGAGGUGCUGGAUUCUCUCAGUGGCAUUAUCGCAUCAUGGCAGUCGAUGUCUUCACUCAGUGGUCCACUGCAAGUAGUGCCGGAUAUUGAUGACCAAGCAAAUCCUUUAGAACAUCCACAAGAGGGAAAGCUGACAGAAGAGUCUUCACAGUACGAAUUUGAGAACUACAUGAGACAGCAGUUGAUGCUGGCAGAAGAAAAAAACACUAUUCAUGAAGCCAAGAACUUUAUGCCCAAGCGGCAGUUUGGCAACAUCCCGCCAGUGCGGCGACUUGGACGUGAUGCCCAGCCUGUGAGCCCUUUGGACGCUGCCCUCCUUGCUCAGCGAUAUUUGCGAAAGUAAGCCAUUGGCAUACAGCAGCAGCACAAGUGUGACUUUCUCUGUUCUCGGAUUCACAGAUGUACUGAAAAUCCAGAGCAGUACUCUGUUCUGCCAUACAGAAUUAUGUAGCAAUCCACCCCAACUCUAUUGAGGAUUUGAUUCUGAUUCGAUGGUCACCUUUCAUUUUGUGAAAUACUAUACAGUAGAUCUGCCUUUGUAUUGACUUAUCUAGACUAAUUCUUUUUAAUUGUGACUUUAAAUCUACCUCUCCAUCUUUUAACAAUGACGCAGUCCCUCACUUCAGGAAUGGUGAAUCAGAACUGGUUGACAAAGCAUUAUCUUUGGUGCAUAUUGUAGUAUGGAAGGUUGGCUGGAAACAGUCUCUCCAUAUGAUCUGAAUAAGCUUACUCAUCUGUCUAAUUAAAGGUAGCAUUUUUGUUUCUGGUUUAUUGGCAAACCAUGUUUUAAAGAUUCUAUAGCGUAAAAAGAAAAAAAAAACAAUGAAAAUUCUUACAUUUAUGACUUGCCAUACAUGUUUAAAUACAAAAUGCUGGUAUAUUAACAGGCAGCAGGCAGCUAUCUUCAAAUACAAAUGAUGAAGUGCAAGGAAUUAAACCGAAUCAUGCCAAGUUAAAGCUCCCAUUUGGUGGUUUAAAAGCCCUCUGAAAGGCUAUAGUUUAUUAAAUGUAUGUUUAUAUAUAUUUUCUAGUUCUAGAUUUAUUAGCCAAUGUGAAUUCUGAGUCUACCAUACUGGUAGCCUCUUUAAAUGCAUGUUUGCCAAGAGUAGUAUAACCAUUCAUUCAUUCAUUCAUUCAUUCAUUUUGUGAACUUCUUUUUUUAAUCUAUGUUUCAUUAUUUUUAAACAUGUUUUCCCUUGUAACACAUUUACAUCAGUUUUUGUUACCUGUAUGUAUCGUCAUGGUACAGAUCUAAUAAUAUAUAAAUGUGAAAACAAAAAUAGAUUGAUGCUAUUAGAUUAGACUGUGAAGUCUAAAGUACUUUACUGAUCUUUUUACCCGUAGUAUUUUAUUUUUUUUAUUCUUGGGCAUGGGACCCCACAGGCAUGGUCUGAGGUCGUUUCUUGGCAAUUGCCAACUAGCAUUGUCAAUCUCCUUUUUUAUUUAACAAAGGGAAGCGAUUAUUGCAAAACUUAUCCUACUGAAUAAAAAUAAUCAUUAAAAACAAAAAAAUACAGCUUACCAGAAAAUCGAUAGCUGACAGUCUUAACAAUUAUGCAUUUAGUAGUUAUAAUCCUAUCAAAGAGAGAACUUAAACUAAAAUGUGAGGCUGAUUGCAAGAAAAGACUCCCCCCCCCCCCCCCCCCCCCAACAAAAAAAGUGUAUUUAUAUUCUUUUCUAAAGAAACAAAUGUUUUUUUUGUUUUUGUUUAAAUAAACAAAAAACUAAAUUAAAUAAAAAAGAGAAUAAUAUUUAAAACAUAUAACCAGGUAACACUAUUAAAAUAUAUAGUUGUGUAGUGUUUAAAAAAGAAACUGUGGAGGAAAAUGUUUUUUUUUUUUUUGUGUUUGAAUUUUGAAUGCCUUUCUUGCCACUUUUAUGUAUCGUAUAGCUAGAAUGAACCCUCAUGCCUGAUGUGAUCUAGAGUCAUUUCAGCCUUUUCGGGUCUUUAAUGGAGAGUCUUAAUGCCAACACAACAGCCCUUUAGUCUGUCAUUACGACUGCUCCGAGACUCCCACACACUCCUUGCUGUAAUCCACACACACACAUUUGAAUAACAAUUUAAAAAAAACCUUGCCUCAUAAACUUGGACAUUUGAAAUGUUUUCUUGCAAAAAGCUAAUGCUUUGUAAGCUCAAAUGCUAUUUUUUUUUUUUUUAAUAAUUCAUACAGAAGAUCACAUGUAACAUACUCUGCCAUUUAAGAGCCAGAAAUGUUGGUUUAUACAUGUAAAAACUGACUAAACUGAUCCAUUUGGUAUAGCCUACAUAAUGUUAAAACCAUCAGUAGUGUAUAUUCUUUUUUUGUUCUAUAUAUAAUAUGUGUGUGUGUGUUUAUACAGUCAAAGUAUCAAGUGAAAAAACCCAGCAAUAUAGAUUAUUUUAUUCAAUGCUGUUGACAGCUGAGCUCUGUUGGCCUUAGUUCACAGUGAACGAUGCCUAUGUUAAAUCACAUGUCUGAAUCAUAGCAAAAACUUCAUUGUUUUUGGAGAAAACAUAUUUUGAUGAAACCAUAACAAGAUACAACACUGUAAAGUUGUGCCACAAAAUAAUGGUUGAAUUAAGCUAUACAGAAUACGGGAUUGAAUUUCUGAAUAAAGAUAUUUCUAUUUCAAGCAUUUUUUUAAUACAUUUUAUGUUACACUGAUGGUUACCAAAGCAGCGCGACAGCUGUUAAAAUAUAUUUGCCAUUAUUUUGCAAUUUAAAAAAAUUGUCCGUAUUUUUUCAAAAUGUAUAUUUUCUGAGUGAUUUGCCACAAACUUUUUUUUGUGUUUUUUAAAAUAUGCAGUAUACCAUGUCUUUCUUUUAAAAUCUGCAUUUUAGUGGUAUUUUAAUACAUCAAUUAGUCCAAGUGGUAUGUUCAGUAAAGUCAAUUUAAAAACAUUUAAACAAUAAAUUAAUAAAUACACCUAAAAGAAAUAAACUUAACAGAAAUCAGGUGAAGGAGUGCUGCUAUUGUGGCAUUGUAGCACCUUUCACAGCAUGAAACCUGGCAUUUGUGUUGAAUUCAGUGUAAGAUAGGGGUUUAGCAUGUUAUAGACUCACAAGACACACUACAGGAAGUGUCUCCAAAAAUGAACCAUAGUGUUGGAUAAAUGUUAUAAAAGUAUUUUUUAGGAAUGUUCUAAAAACAGCUGUGUGUUGUUUUUAACUGGAAAAACGAUAGUGGAGCAGGAUCAGUUUUUUAAAAAAAUUAAAGUAAUUAUAUAAAGGAAUUGUGUUUUAGAGCUGCUUGGUUAUGUGUCUAAACAAGGAGUAAUCAUUGUAAAACAAAAAAUACAAGAAUCAAAUUUGUAUAAAAGACAUAUUUUUGUACUUCAUCAAAUCUUUACAUGCAUGUCUGCAAUAAAAAAAAAAUAUGGUAGAGAAA